GAGAGAGAGAGAGAGAGAUUGGAGCCAGGCACCGAGCGGCCAGACACGAAGCAGACGCAGCUCACGUUAAUGCGCACAGCGUUUAGCGCAGCAUUAGUACACGAAUAAACGACGAGAAAAGAAGAGAAAGAAGAGAAAGGAGAGAAAGGCGAGCGAAACAGAAAGGAUGGGACAUAAAGGGGCAUUAAUAUUAAUGACUUUACUGUCCUACUGCGCGUGGAGAGAUGCUGAGGCUCUGGCUAUGACUGAGGCGAAUGGACCGGUGGGGGGCCCUCUGGUGGUCGAGCCUCAGAUUGCGAUGUUCUGUGGUCGUCCUCUCCUGCACAUAAACACUGAGACCGGGCAGUGGGAGCCGGACCCUCAGGGCCGUCAGGGCUGCUUCACUCAGCCUAACAAAAUCCUCUCCUACUGCCAAGAGAUGUACCCAGGUCUUCAGAUCUCUCAUGUGGAAGAGGCCUCUGCUCCAGUGACGAUCCCAGCGUGGUGUAAGAAAGGGUGGGGUCACUGUCAGACUCGUCAGUUCAUCGUCAUCCCCUACCGCUGUCUGGUAGGAGAGUACGUCAGUGAGGCUCUCCUGGUUCCUGAUCGUUGUCGGUUUUUACAUCAGGAGCAGAUGGACUCCUGUGAGAGCUACGUCUACUGGCACAACAUCGCCAAAGAGGCUUGUACAGCAGACAGUCUGGAGUUGCAUAGUUAUGGGAUGCUGUUGCCAUGUGGCGACCGUUUCCGGGGAGUGGAGUAUGUGUGCUGCCCAGGCCGAAGUGGGGCAGGUGGUCGUGGAGAACCAGAGGGAGUGGACUCAGCUCAGGGGGCAACUCCACCUCUAGUGUCCCUGUCAGGGGAGAAAGAGGCCACAAGUGUGAAGGUGACGCCCCCCACUCCCAGCCCCUCCCCUGAAACAGACAUAGAGGAGGAUGACAUGGAGGAGGAAGAGGAGGCUGUGGAGGAGGAAGAGGAGGAAGAAGCGAAUGAGGAAGAGCAGGCCGAGGCAGAGGAGGAAGAGGAAGAGGAAGAGGAAGAAGAUGAGGAAGACGAUGAAGCAGCAGCCACAGCAGCGAAGGACCCUGAGGAAUACGAAUAUUCCAUCGACUCCGGACCCUAUCAGGCAUCGGACUACCUGGACAACUUCUACUAUGACAAAUCCGGAAAAUCUGCGACACAACAGCCCCAAACCCGCGGAGACAGCUUGCCCACUCCUCGUCCUACAGACGGAGUGGACGUUUAUUUUGAAAUGCCCAGUGAUGACAGCGAACAUGCUAACUUCCUCCGUGCCAAGAUGGACCUGGAGGAGCGGCGGAUGAAGCGCAUCAAUGAGAUCAUGAAGGAGUGGGCAGAGGCAGACAACCAGUCCAAGAACCUCCCCAAAUCUGACCGCCAGGCACUGAACGAGCAUUUCCAGGCGGUGCUGCAGACUCUGGAGGAGCAGGUGGCCGGUGAGAGGCAGCGGUUGGUGGAGACUCAUCUGGCCCGCGUUGUGGCCACUCUGAACAACAACCGCAGACUGGCUCUGGAGAGUUACCUCAGCGCAGUACAGAGUGACCCCCCACAGCCGGAGCGUGUGCUGCAGGCUCUGAAGCGUUAUCUGGCUGCGGAGCAGAAGGACCGGCGACACACACUGCGUCACUAUCAGCACAUCGAGUCUGCGGACCCUCAGAAGGCCGAACAGAUGAAGUUCCAGGUGUACACUCACCUUCACGUGAUCGAGGAGAGGAUGAACCAGAGUUUGGCUCUGCUGUAUAAAGUCCCCACCCUGGCUGAGGAGCUCCACGACGAGAUCCAGGAGUUAUUGCGGACAGAGAGAGGAGAUAUCAGUGAGUUGAUGACCACUUCGUUCUCUGAGACUCGCACUACGGAGGAGCUGCUGCCUGCGGAGAGUGAGGAAGAGAAGGAUGAUGAAGAAGAAGAGGAGAGGGAGUUCCAGAACCGACCUUACCCACCCCGCACAGACCCACAGCCGAGCAAUAAGAAAGUGUCUGUGGACGAGUACGAUUACACCACUUCUGAGAGAGGUCCCACCUACGAAUAUGAGGAGAAGAUCAACACCUCAGUGGAGCUGAAACAGGUGGUCUACAAGUCCUCAGGAAUCCAGAGAGAUGAGCUGCAGCCGGACGUUCUGGAGACGUUUAACCGCGGCGCGAUGGUGGGACUGCUGGUGGUUGCCGUGGCGAUCGCAAUGGUGAUGGUCAUCAGUUUGCUGCUGGUGCGUCGCAAACCGUAUGGCACCAUCAGCCAUGGAAUCGUAGAGGUUGACCCUAUGCUGACCCCAGAAGAGAGGCAGCUCAGUAAGAUGCAGAACCACGGCUACGAAAACCCCACCUACAAAUUCUUUGAGCAAAUGAACUAAAGGAAAAAAUGUAUAUGUAUAUGUAUACCCACACCCCCCCCGCUCACGUCCUGUUUACUAGCAGGGGUUUCCAUAGCAACCCUCCCCUCCCCGUAUACCGUAUGUACGUUUCCAUGACCGAUGUUCAAAUUGAAAAAUCAAACAUGGCACGCAAAUAGGGAGUUUGCACUAAAACAUUAACCCAAAACGCCCUCAAAAACGAGGAGAGGAGUCUAAUCAGCGAAUCGGGGAGUAUACAUAUGUGCGUGUAUGUUUCUUAUCCCCAAAAAUUACUAUUAUUUUUUUGUUUAGACGGAUGCUGAAACCAUGGCAAGGCUUACACUUCAUACAAUCAUCCAGAAAACAAUGCUGAAACAGUUUCAGUUUCUGGAGUAGUUUCAGCGUCCCUCUGUUUUUGAGUGAAAUAUGUGUCUAACAUGUCGUAGAGCACUUUUUUAAUGGUUUUCAUUUGAAAGAAAUUGAUUUAAUGUGAAACUGUGAGGAUGAAAUUAUAUAUUUUUAUUUCAAUAUCCAAAAACUUCUGUGAGGGAACUCCAAUGUAGCCCCAAAAAUGGACAAACUCAUCCACAGAAAUGUUAAAACGGUCACUUAACUGCGUUUUUAAGUUCUCUGGGUUAACGCAUACUGGGGGGGGGGAGGAUAGGCCAGUGGUCCGCGGGUGGGGAGAACCAUCUCUCAGCCGAUUCUCACUCUGCUAUGUCAUUUUUCACGUGAAUAAAGAAUCCCAUCAUCGCUCCAAAUGUACCACAAACCUAAUCGAUUAGCCCUAAAGUUAUUUUUUAUCAAUUAUCAUUAUUUAUUGUUCCGCUUCUUAGAAAAAAAAAAGAAAAGAAAAGAAAAUCGGAGUAACCUACAGUCCAUUAACUUAAAGAAGAGCAUGCUGAAUUUGGUGUAUGAUGCUAUAAACGUACUUGUGUUGUUCCUGUUUUUUGCUUUUCGAUGAACUUAAAAUGUCACAGUUAGACAGCAACGUGUAUAUAACUGAAGGUAACUAAAAAUAGACGUUUUUAAUCGUUAAUUUGUAUCGACGCGAUGUGUGGAGUAUCGAACUUUAAAGAUGACUUUGUGCUGCUCACACAGAGAGAGAAAAAAAAACAAAAAAAAACAAUUUCCUAACAUGGCUGAAUGAAAACGGACUGUUGUAUAAACCAGCACAAGACAACGACACAGUUAACUUGACUGAAUGUAUCUUUAGGUAGACUUCGACUCCAUGAGCUUCUUAUUUUUUCGGACACGUGCCACGUAGUCUGCUAGUACUCGGUAGUGAGUAGUUUAGUUGGACUUGCUAGGCUCUCUGUUUUCAUCCAGUAGUUUGAAGGCCGUCAUCGACUAAUAGCCUCUUUUCGAAGGAGUUUUUCAAGGUGGAACGCUUGGAGACUCACCGUGGGGGAAAAACUCGACUUUUUUGACGUGCGAUGUUCAAAUUUGUUUGAUAGCGGAGGUUUAUGUUGUCGUCUGUUUCGAUUCUAGCACACGAUAGCGAGAUAUGUCGGUGUCCUUGCUGUGAUGAACCUGCUUUAAAAAUAAAACAAACGCAACACUAAAUGUUAGCCUGCAGUGGAAAGGAGGUCUCUUGCUCACCUUCGGGAAUGGAGAAAGAUGAGGUUAUCCUGAGAAAACUGUACCAUUUCUUUGUGGCAAGACUCAACUGACAUUCCUUAACCGUGCUCUUUCCUCUGAAAUAGCGGCGUAGCUGGGAAACUCAGACCAAAACCAUUUUAACAAUCGCUACCUUUUCUGACUAGCACUUUUUCAUCAGCCGAACUAACCAAGCAGAUAGGUGAUUUAAAGGAGUACACCAACAUUUUCCAAGGUAAUCUCAGUCUGUUGCACCUAUGGCGUGGCCAGUUAUCACGGACAAUUUAUCUUUUAAUUUUGAAAGACCAGAAACUUUGUUCAAGAAUAGAAGCCAAUGGGCAGAUGCUAAAGCGACUGCCCAUAGACUUCUAUUAUAAGUGUUAUUCAAGUCAACCAGUUUUCUGUCCUUUUCUAAGUACAGCAAAACAUAUUGAGUGUGUUUACAUGCCCUUAAUAAUCCGAUACCUGCCGAAAAUCUGAUUUUGUCGGUAAUCCGAUCAACACACUUGAGUUAUCAGAUAAUGAGGAAACUCCAGGUCUGCAUGAGACAGGCAGUAAUCAGUUUUCUGCUUUGCACAGAACUCACAGAAGAAGAUGUGACGUAAAACGUGCACCACUUUACCUAAAAAUAUGAACAUACAUCAUAUAGAACAUGAAUAAUUAAAUGCUUCAUUUUGUCA